AUGGCGGACAGGCCGAUGAACGGUGCGUCCAAGAAGGUGCCGCCUUGCCUUCCAUCCCCACCGAUGCCAGAGAUGCCGGCAUCCGGACCUGCUGCCACCGAGCCUUGGGUGCACACCGAUGAGGCCGCCAGCGCAACGCAAGGGAGUCAAACUCAUCUACAAUUUGAAGCCCCUGAAUCACCCGUGGCUUCGGCUGCCAUAUCGCCUGCUCCACUCCUGUCGACGUCGGAGAAAACAACCCUGGAAGCUCAACCGAACCGCGAUAGAUCCAGUAACAAGACGGUGGGCUUCAUGGCAUGGGCUACUCGCAACUUGGGCCAGCCGUCAGACGCCGAUGGAGGGUUCCCGAUCUGCGAGCUUUCUUCACCACACGGGCUUCCGGGUUCACAAAGCGAUUCAGCAAAACAGUACGUCAUGAGCGAUGUGGCCACGGAAUACCCAGAGCGGAUGUUAUCUGGCACAGAGUCGACCGCCCUACGUUCACGCAAGACGACCGUGCGAUUCGGAAGCACAACGGUGCGGGAGAUUUCUUUGGCCACGAUGACCAUGCUGCAGCGCCAUGCACCAGCGAUAGGAACGUUAGCGCUGGCAUUGUUCGCACUAGUCUUGCUGGCCACCGGCAUCGUGGUGUUCAUGAGUCACACCAUCCAGAAGCAACGGCGCCAGAGCCGCUGUACGGCACCCGCAUGCACCCGUGCACUAAAAGACCUCCAGAAUCUUCUCGACGAUGGAGUGGACCCUUGCCAGGACCUGUACAAGCAUGUUUGUCGAAAGUGGCGUGAGACGGCUGAUGAGGGACUCGAUUUUCUCGACUACGCCGCUCGACUGACGAUGUAUCGCGUUAACUCCCGACUGCUCUUCGACACAUCUCCAGACACUGUCGUAUUGCGCGACGUGCAGCCUGUGGCUAAGUUUUUGAAGCUGUGCUGGCGUUACGUCAAUAACGCCGCUCCUGGUGCAGGCAGGCCGGCACUGGACUUUUUAGAGCUGCGACAGUACGCCGACAUUGAAGUUUCUAACAUCGCAAAUUUCCUGGAGCAUCUAGUGCGGCUUGCCCUCGCACGGGGCCUGGUCACCGUAAUCGGCAUGAAGCUCGUGCGGUCGAGGAGUGGCGCCAAUUUGUUGCACCUUUUUCCCGGUCAGAGCAUAGCGCAGAAGAUGGACGUACCAAUGCUGACGGAUGAGAUUUUAGAAUACAUCACAAGCCUCGUGGCGCAAUCCAAUUUCUCGAGAAGCUUCGACGCGAGCUCCAUCUCCAUUCAGGAGCGCCGUAUGCAGAAUUUCUUGUCAUCACCGAUUACGAAGCAAAGCUACAAGCUGGUAGUGUUGGGAUCCCUGAGCAACAACUUCAGCACAAAUAGUUGGAUCUCAACUCUGAAUUCUAUUCUUCCCGAGGAGAACAGGGUGGACAGCCUCUCCCCAAUCAAGAUCCACGGUCUGGACACCAUAAGAGGAAUCGUGGCCUUCUUUCAAGGGCGUGUUGACUACGGCUCAGCGUACGUCUACGUUCUGAUCCUCAUGGAGGCAUUCCGAUUCGACUUCAUGAGAAGUUCCUCCAAGCGUGGAAGUAGGAGCGCCAACAGCUGCCUGAGGGCAACAUUGGACGUGAUGACGCAGGCCGCUUACGUCAUAGGAACUAAAGUUCUAAAGUGGCCCAGAGACCGGGAAGACGUCUCCCUCAACAUACUCAGCGAAGUUGUCGCCACUGCCACGGCAGAAGAAAACGUCGUCUGGAUGACCGGCAAGAGCAAACGCCGCAUCAAUGCGUUCCUAAGGAACGCGCUGGUGUACGCACAGGCGGAAUCUAUCACCGAUAAUCUGUCGAUUCCUGCAGAAGAGUUCAACGAAUCCUUCGUACAGGGCGACUUUCCUGCCAUUUACAUGCGUUUGAAAUCUAAGCAGCGUGACACUCUCCUAAAGACACCUUUGCAGGAGACGGACGAUGUCUACGCUUCUCAUUUUAUUAAUAGCAGCGUCUUUUAUGACAUCGACAUCAACACCUUUUUUAUUCCCGCUGCUUUCAGAGGCGAACCAAUUGCGUACUCCGCCGAGGUUCCCGUCGAGUACUCCAUCGCAAUACUAGGAGCGCUGCUCGCCAGGGAGCUGAUACGCGGCGUGUUUCGAAGCAGUGAAAUGAGCGAUACUGAGUGGACCAGUGACGAAUUGAAACGCGUUCGAUUUUAUCAGGAUUGCUUGGACGCUCUAGCGCGUAAUGCUUUCAACGUGUCCCUGGAGGAGAUCGACGGAAGCGGCACGGAAAUUGCAGAGUGGGUGUUCGCAGCCCACUUGGCGCAUGGCGCGCUGCGAAGUGCGCUUGAAAAGUCGGAACGACUACUUGACUGGAACGAGUCCUGGGUGCAGGCGCAGCGAGUAUUUUUCCGCCGCUUCUGCCUAAUGUCGUGCACAGCUAAGAAGGAGAGAUAUUUAGAGGCAGCCCGUAUCCGCUGCAUUUUGCCUUUGAUCAAUAUGGCCGACUUUGCGAAUGUGUUCAGCUGUCACGCAAAUUCAUCGCACAAGUCCGGUUUUUGUAAAUUAAAUUGAGUGCAGAAGCCACA